CCGGUAUUGGACCGAGUUAACCUCAGAGACCUCACUAACCAAGUCGAACCAACCAUCCAUGGAUUUCUCCCUCUUCUCCUUCCUCUUCUUCUCCUUCUUCGUCAUUUUCCAGGAUCCCAUUUCUGCUUCAAAUCUCCACAAGUUCAAGCAACUCCGAUCCCAACUUCUUCUUCAACCCACCACUUCUUCCAAUGACACCCCACCAACAAGGUACUUCGAAGUAACCAAACCCAUCGAACUCCCUCACACAAAGCCUUGUUCGUACCACAUUCUCCGCCAUUACUUUGCCUCUACAUACGGCAAACCGCCUGUGGUUGCAAAUUAUACCCCUCCCCCGCAUUGCUCGUCUCACAAGUUCUCCAAAAUUGUCCUCGAAUGGAAGGCAACUUCCAGAGGAAGGCAAUUCGAUCGCAUUUUUGGAGUAUGGCUCGGCGGGGUUGAGAUUCUCCGGAGCUGCACGGCGGAGCCUAGGGCCAAUGGGAUUGUCUGGACUGUUGAGAAGGACAUUACAAGGUACUAUUCGUCGCUAAUGAAGGAUAAUACUCUCGCUGUUUAUAUGGGUAAUAUUGUUGACGGGAAUUAUACUGGGGCUUACCAUGUCGAUAUAUUCAUCCAUUUUUAUCCUCCUGAGAAGAAGGCCUUGAGUAGUCACCGACCCAAGUCUAAGAAUUCGGCACCUGGGUUGGGCGGCCCGGCGGAUUUGAUUUUGCCCAUUUCUCGAGAUUUUCCGAUAAAAGAUGGGUUGUGGUUUGAAAUCGAGAAUUCUACAGAUACUAAGUCGAAGGAAUUCAAAAUUCCUCAGAACGCUUACAGAGCUGUGUUGGAGGUCUAUGUUUCAUUUCAUGAGAAUGAUGAGUUUUGGUAUUCUAAUCUGCCCAACGAAUACCUCACUGCAAACAAUCUUACUGAUGAGGUACCCGGAAAUGGACCAUUUAGGUAUGUUGAGGUUACUAUUGAUAGUCACACUGUUGGGGCAAUUUUUCCGUUUACUGUGAUAUAUACAGGAGGGUUCAACCCCCUCUUGUGGAGACCCAUAAGUGGGAUUGGUUCAUUCAAUCUUCCCUCUUAUGAUUUAGAACUUACACCAUAUUUGGGGAAAAUACUAGAUGGACAAACCCAUUCUGUUCAUUUUACUGUGGGCCGUGCCUUGAAUGUAUGGUAUAUUGAUGCAAAUUUACAUCUUUGGUUGGAUGAAAAGAGUGACAGAACAGAAGGGAAGCUUUCAAACUACAUCAACAAGCCUCUGGUUGAAUUCCUGGUAUCAGAUUCUGAAGGUUCAGGUGAACCUUACUGGACUAAUGCACGGGGGUCCAUUUUUUCAAAAGGAUGGGUGAAUACCUCCCAUGGUAAUAUCACAACCAGUUUUCUUCAAACAUUGGUUUUCAACAAUUCAAUGGUAAUUGGGAAUGAUGGGAAUAUGCAAAUUGUGAAACAAUUCAUCCUUUUCAAUGACACUGUUUAUACUGGGUCUCCAUCCUCUGUUCAUCAGUCUAUCAUCAAAACACACAGAAAAUUUUCCCUACACUUGCACAUAGAUGAAGUGGAUCAAGCAAAUAAAACUUCAUCUGUUGUUAACAUAACAUUGGGAUUUGUUGAGAUGAAGUCUCAGAGUACAGAAUUUGGAUUCUCUAGCAGCUCUCUCGAAAAUGUGCAGAAUGGUCAGGGUAGGAUGGUUGUUAAGGACCAUUUGGUCGUUAGUGGACUUGGUAGUACGCAGCAAGAAUAUAACUAUGAAAGCAAUGAGUUUUGCUAUUUUAGGAAUGUGAGCAGCUCAAAUUACACUAUUCUCCAUGACAAAGUUGGAGAUUCAUGCCAUAAAAGAAGUGACCAUCAUUUUGGUGUUCGAUUAACCAAGAGAUUACCUACUUCCUUUUGAAGCUCCAAUCUAUGGGGUCGAUACUGAGGUAGAGUACUGACUAAGAGAUCGGAUUGUAAUUUGGUUGUUUUUAGUACUUGAAAAUCAUGUGAAGUUUGAGUUGA